AUGUUCUCGUCAGUGUUAAUCAUUCUGUGUUCAGCUAUAACGUGGCAAGUGAAUUGUGACCCACCAGUUAUAUAUAAAACUAAGAAUAUUGAAUGUUUUACAAUUCCAAAAUUUUCGGCCAAUGCCUCAUGCUAUGUUAAGGCCAUCAAUUGGAAUAAAGCCACAGCUCAUAUGGACGUGGAUCUUGUUGAAACUUUAUACAAUAUCUCUAUACGACUGCAGAUUUUCAAAAGAGAUUAUACCAAUAAAUUUCAACCUUGGCUAGUUGAUGUCCCAAUCAAUAUUUGCGAUGUAAUUGCCAGACGAAACUUUUUGCCCUAUGGUACUAUAAUUUGGAAGUCAGUUAAGCGCUUUUCAAAUUUUAAUCAUUCCUGCCCUUUUAUGGGUCAUUUGUUUGCACGUGAUGUGUACAUGGAUGAAAGCUAUUUGCCCAUACAAAUGCCAUUGGGAUUAUAUCAGUUUUCCAUAUCUAUUUACGAGAAUUAUCAACGAAAGUCCACAGAUUAUGUUGGCGCCAUCAAAUUCUAUGCCCAGGCAAUGGAGCCAGUGAAGUCGAGAAGAAAUCAGAGUAGUACCAAUCGACCAAAUAAAUGA